AAAGAGUAUAGAGAGAGCAUUCCUCAUUUAUUGAGCUUGGAAUCAUUAUUCACUUUCAAUUAAAACUUUUCUUUGUAAGGAGAAGAUUAGCUCACCUCCUUUGAUCCGUAUAGUUUCUACUUUUGCAACAUAUAUUGCCAUAUAUAGCUUACUCUCCCUACCUUCUCCUCUCAUAGAACAAGGUGAACCAAGGCUUUUGUUAAUACAUACGUAUAUGGAGCCUAUAGAGAUGGACAAGGAGAGGCUGACUGCAGAGAUGGCAUUCAAGGACGAGUCCUCCGCCGUCAUAAAGAUCCGACGAGGCCUCCCCGACUUCCUGCAGUCCGUGAAGCUCAAGUACGUGAAGCUCGGGUACGGCUACUCCUGCAGCCCCCGGUCGGCCAUGGUUUUCAGGUUCCUCGUGGCGCUUGCUUUUGCUGCCGCAACCAUGUUUUACCUCACCCGGAUUCAGCUGGACCGGAUCCCACAGUUAUGGACCGGACAGACAGUUCAGCUGGAGAGCAUCCAUGCGGCGACGAGGCUCGCCGGCUCAGCCAUUUUGGUGUUGGUGUUUCGGUUGUACUGGUCGAAGAGGUCCCGGCCGGUUUACCUGGUGGACUUCGCAUGCUACCAGCCAGAGGACGAAAGGAAGUUGUCAGUGGAGUCGUUCCUGAAGAUGUCCGAGGACAGCGGCGAGUUCGAGAAUGAGACCCUCCAUUUCCAGAGGCGGAUCUCGUGUCGGUCUGGCCUCGGGGACAAUACGUACUUUCCCAGGGGCAUCACGUCCAACCCUCCAAACCUGUGCAUGAAGGAAGCCCGGGCAGAGGCGGAGGCAGUCAUGUUUGGCGCACUCGACACACUAUUUGAGAAGACCGGGGUGAGGCCAAGGGACGUGGACAUCCUGAUAGUGAACUGCAGCCUGUUCAACCCGACGCCAUCCCUCACGUCGAUGAUCGUGAACCACUACAAGCUGAGGAGCGACAUCAAGAGCUACAACCUCGGAGGGAUGGGGUGCAGUGCGGGGCUCAUAUCUGUCGACAUGGCAAAAAACCUCCUGAAGGCAAACCCGAACUCGCGCGCGGUCGUGGUGAGCACCGAGAACAUCACCCUCAACUGGUACUUUGGGAACGACAGGUCGAUGCUCCUGUGCAACUGCAUCUUCCGCAUGGGGGGAGCUGCAGUGCUGCUCUCCAACAGGCCCGGGGACAGGGCUCGGUCCAAGUACGAGUUGCUGCACACCGUGCGAACCCACCGGGGGGCAGCCGACAACUGCUACAAGUGUGUGUACCAGCGGGAGGAUGACAAGGGCACGGUCGGUGUGUCCCUAGCGAGGGAACUCAUGGAGGUGGCAGGGGACGCGCUAAAGACCAACAUAACAACACUGGGCCCGCUGGUGCUGCCGUUGUCGGAGCAGCUCAAGUUCUUCAUGACGUACCUGAGGAGGAAGGCAGCCAUGAUGAUGGGCGCGGGGAAGGUCAAGCCCUACAUACCGGACUUCACAAAGGCGUUCGAGCACUUCUGCAUACACGCGGGUGGGAGGGCGGUGCUCGAUGAGCUCCAGCAGAACCUGAGUCUGAGCGACUGGCACAUGGAGCCUUCCCGCAUGACCCUCCACAGAUUCGGGAACACAUCCAGCAGCUCCCUAUGGUACGAGCUCGCCUACACCGAGGCCAAAGGACGCGUUUCACGUCGGGGCCACCGCGUCUGGCAGAUCGCCUUCGGAUCCGGAUUCAAAUGCAACAGUGCAGUCUGGAGGGCCCUACGGCCGAUUAAUCAGUCCGAUUGCGGGCCCAACCCAUGGCUCGACUCCCUCCAUAGGUACCCCGUUAAUGUCAAGUAUCCGUAGGCAAUAAAUAUAUAGCCAGUCCCCAUGGAGCGUUGGAUAUAGACAACUUGGGAUUUGGCUUCUGUAAGGUCAAAGUUCCCAUGUAAAAGUAUUGUCAAAGCCUCAAGAAAUACGUUGUUGAUGAGAACAAGAUGAUGUUGUUUGUUGUCGACGAUAAAAAUUUAUUGUGGACGGCAAUCUGGAUCACAUGGGAACCCCAACUGAUGAGGAGCUUUUUCUCUCUUCAUUCAUUUAUUUACAGUAUCAUCAACUGUACUUUUUGAUGGGUUCUGCCAUUUCUUUUCCCCAAUUUUCUUUAGCUAUAUAUGUAUGUAUGUACGUACGUACAUACGUAUGUAUAUGCAUGCUCAAAUGAACGAAUGGUUUCUCUCGCUGAUUAUUACCCUUAAA